UUGGUCGAUGGCGUCGUAAACCAGUUUAUAGAGCUAAUGUUUAGGCGACCGGUAACUGUAUGUAUCAGUGAAAGUAAAUAAGGGGACUCCAGCAAUAUUAACAAAGCUGAGAAAGUUGCGUGUUUCUGGGUAGAGAAAAAUAAAGAGGAAAAAAAGAAAUUAACGAGAAUGUUAGUAGGAAUUGACUGCUGGACAUAUAUACAUUUCCGCCCGCGAUAUGUUUAGUUACACGAAUUAUUGGGUUUUUAGCUUGGUAGUUAAGCACAAUAAAAGUGACCCUAGCAUAUGGUGAACGUCCUGUGCCUUUAUGACUAUGCCGAUGUGCUCCAUUGAAAAAAACGAUUUCAGUUUCACGCCUCGUACAGUCGCCCGGCUUGUCCUGGAGGCCGAGCAGGAUCACCGCAAUGGGGGACAUUCGUCUAACGGGAGCACUGCCAGUAACUCUCCACGCAGCACGCCGGGCAGCUCGCCUUCCAUGCGUCGCAGAAUGCUGGUGGGUAGGACUGCUGAGGGUGACUGGAGCCAGGAGCGCAGUGCUGGGGUUUCUGACAGCCCCCUGACCCCUACUCCCUCUUCAUCAUCAUCCUCCUCCUACGCCCUUGCCCCUCGACACUUCACACGUAAUGCCAAGAAAAUACAAAGCUGGUACAAUGUACUCAGUCCUACCUACAAACAACGUAAUGAAGACUUCCGUAAACUCUUCAAGAAGCUGCCUGACACUGAGAGACUCAUAGUGGAUUACUCCUGUGCUCUCCAGAAGGACAUCUUGCUGCAGGGACGUCUGUAUUUGUCGGAAAACUGGCUUUGCUUCUAUAGCAAUAUCUUUCGCUGGGAGACCACUAUUACUAUCUUGCUGAAAGAUGUUGUGAACCUCACCAAGGAGAAGACAGCAAAGCUCAUCCCCAAUGCCAUCCAGAUCAGCACAGACCAUGACAAACACUUCUUUACCUCAUUUGGGGCACGAGAUCGCAGCUACAUGAUGAUCUUCAGGCUGUGGCAGAAUGCCCUGUUGAACAAGCCUCUCUCCCCAAAAGAGCUGUGGCACAUUGUGCACCAGUGCUAUGGCACCGAGCUGGGCUUGACUAGUGAGGACGAUGACUAUGUCUCGCCCACCAAUGAUCACAUUAAUGGUCUGCUGCCAGGGGAUGAGUCAGUGUCCAUGUCAGAUCUUCUAGAUCUGGAUUCUGUGCCUGUGGCUAUGAUGGGUUGCUCUCCCCCAUCUGUUGCUGUUCCUGUCUCCUCCCCUCCAUCUGGUCUGCCCAUAGAGGUGCCUCCAUCCAAGUCUAGUAUGGUGCUCAGUCCUCCAAGUGACCAAAGCUCCGUCUCCUCUCCCGCCAAUCCUGUUCAGCCUGAGCGGACAUCAGCAAUCACUUUUUCGAAGUUAAUUUUAUGGAUCAUGGAAAAACCUCCCGCACCUAGCACCCCAUCUGGCAUUUCUUAAUCAUGUGUGGGUAGUCAGAGAGACUACCAAUUUAAGAAGAUUGUGGCUCCAUUGAGAGUACAAAACUUUCUAGUAAUUGUAAUCAAGCUAUUAAGAUUUCAAGAAGUCUGUGGAUCCAUGGAAAAUUCCGGAGCUUCUACAAUUGUUCCAGUAGACAUUCAAUUUUACCUGGAUAACGUUUGGAACAAACCGAAUUUGUGAAAAGUGGACUUUCACAUUUAAUUGGCCAAAGACUGUAAGUAGUUCAAUUAUCAUUGCACUGCAUAUUAUUAUUUGUAAGGUAAUUGCUACAUGGUCGCGGGUCUGGUUUACUAACCAACACUACUCAGAGAUGGAUUAUGAAGACCUGCUGUCAGCAAUAUCCAAACUUCAGUGUCCCAAAGCUGUAAAAUGCUUCUCUAUUCACUGGAAAAAUGAACCAUCAGUGCUUGAUGUGCCUCGCUCCAACAUAGUAGCUGAGAGAGCUGUAAAGUUGAUGGAGGAGGUUCAUUCUACUUGCAAAACUGACAAAUAUCUUAACAGCAAAUUUAUCAACACUAAUGCACAAAUCUGAAACACUAUUAAAAACACUAAAAUGCUAUAUGUACUCAUUUCCAUGUAUUCCUCAUGUGUAUUGUAUGUAAAACUUACAUGUUAUAAUAAAGAGUGUUUGAGCCGCUAGGUGUUACAAUGUGAAAUAUUAGGUGCGGGAGGUUUUUUCAUGUUC